AUGGCCUCCGAACCACCACGGCAAUAUGUACCGCUGACCUGCCAUGGCCACUCACGCCCUGUUCCUCACAUGAGCUUCUCACACCUGGAAAAGGAGGAAACAUAUUACAUGAUCUCCGCAUGCAAAGAUGGUAACCCAAUGCUUCGAGAUGGCGUUACUGGAGAUUGGAUUGGCACCUUUAUUGGUCAUAAGGGCGCAGUCUGGCAAGCUAGAUUGAGCCCAGACGCUUCCAAUGCUGCUACUGCAUCCGCAGAUUUCACAGCCAAAAUAUGGGACACGCAUACGGGAGAGUUACUGUAUAGCCUCCAGCACGAGCACAUCGUCAGGGCUGUUGCCUACCCUCCCGACAAUUCGGAUCUAGUUGCAACCGGUGGCAUGGAGAAGAAGCUUCGUGUAUUCGACCUCGCCGAGCUUGCGAAUUCGAACCCCGGAACUCCUGCCACAAUUCCAGCCUCAGCCGGAUUCGAGAUUGGAGAGGGCGUUCAUACCAGUUCCAUCAAGUUCAUCUGCUGGACAAGGGACCCGAACAUUGUUGUUACCGCAUCCGAUAAGACUAUCCGCUGGCUUGACUUACCGAGCAGAUCCUGUAUUAAACACGAGGUUCUUGACGGAGAAAUCAAAUCUUGUGAAGUGGUCUCUGUUGCCCCGGAUUUGGCGUCACCGAGUGAUAUUGGUGGCGGGAAACCGGUUUUGGCGGUCUCUGCUGGUAAGACGGUCUACUUCUGGGGAGGAGACCAGGCCAUGGACGAGCUGAAGCGCAUUGUCCUGCCAUAUUCUAUUGCUAGUGUCGGACUUGAUGUCAAGGGACGCAAGAUUGUGGUUGGAGAGGAGCCCGGAACGUGGGCCAAGGUAAUUCGGUACGAUGAUGAGGUUGAAAUUGACACCCAUAAAGGACACCACGGUCCAAUUUGGUCCAUCGCCUUUUCGCCUGAUAGCAAACUGUAUGCUACUGCGUCAGAGGAUGACCGAAGCACCAUUGCCAUCGCAGCAGCCGCCAGUCGAGAUGGCUAUCGAGGAAGCCAUAACUUGAGGCUUUCUGCUGGCAGUAGCAGAGAAUCAGAGGGAAGCACUGAUUCCACCAGUGCCUCGAGUGACGGCACGUUGCACACUCUCAAAACCCUGAGCCAAGCCACCAGCGCCAGAACCAGCGACGAGUACGGGACAAAGGACAUAUGCGAAGGCCCGGAGCUUUGA